CCCGAAUUCGGACCUGCCUCUGCCAGACGAACGUGGGUUGCCUGGACCGUCAAGAUUGCGGAGGAUUCAGGCCCAGAGGCACAGCCGAGACCGGGGCCUGUCCGGGCCCGUGCGUAUGCGAGGUUGAGGACUCUUGGAACCGAAACGUACCGCCAAAACCGAACUGCGAAUGGGUGUCAAACUUCACGGAGCUCCGUCGUCAGUGGAGUGAUCACGGGCGGAAGGAGGCGUGCAAAUGCUGCAACUGCCGUCCCAGCCGGCCCAGCACCCCCUGCCGCCCUUGCAUUCCCUGCCCGCCGGCGAUCCCCUGCUGUUCGUCGACCUCGGUAUCCUGCCCGAAACGUGACCCCUGCCAACCCCCGGUAGAUCCUUGCGCUCGAACCUGCUGCGAGGGUUCGCGACUCGGUGGCGGUGGGUGCUGCUCUUCUCCGGGGAAAUCGAGCCGCUGCCCCUCCGAGUCCAGCUCUGACCCUUGUCCGCCUCCGAGUUGUUACGGUCAGGCUUCCACUUGUCAGCCCUGCUCGCCGCAGCCUCGACCGAUCCUGAAGAAACGAAGCUGCUGCAUAUGUGCUCCGGGUGGUUGCAUGUGCCAGCCGAUGCCGAGGAACUGUAACUGUCCACCACCUGUACAGAUUGACGCCAGAGCCGACGAGGAGUGCUCGUGCGACUGCCCUUCCGCACCCGAGUGCGCUUGUCCACCGAGCGAACGCAGGUUCUCCAGGACCAAGGUGAAGUGCCCCAACGCCAGGAUCUGCUGUCCUGUUCCUCGUCAGCCUCCUGGACCCCCCUGCUGUUGCACCGAGUGCCGACCCUGCCUCCCGCCGCCCUGCGACCCCUGCUCUUCUUCCACGUGCCGCCCGGCGACGCCUCAGGUCAAGCCCUGCAGGCCGGCCUCACCCUGCCCCCCUAGCUCGCCCUGUCGCCCAAAGCGGAGCUCCCCUUGCCGAAAACCGGCACCACCCUCGCCCUGUCGAUCCUCUGCUCGCUCCUCGUCCCGGGGAUCAAGUUGUUGCUCACCGUCCAGAGCGCCAGGUCAGUCGUCUUCAACCUGCGAUGAUAACGGCGAGGUGGCCGAGGUCACGCGGGGACACGGAGAUGACGGAGAGCGAGACUGCGCCGGCGAUGCCGAUCGGCGUUCAAGGUGUCGCUGCGCUCACGACGGGAAGGGUUGCGCCGAUGAGUGCCGCUCGUGCUGCUCGAGGAACUGCGCUGGCGAACCCUUUAGAGGGAGCUGCGACCGGCCGGGAGAACCAGGGAAUGACGAGGGCCGGGCCCCGAACGUAACGCAGGUUGCCACCGGCGUUGAUAAAUCUCUUUCGAUCGAUCACCGUCAGGUGGAUCAUUUGGAUCAUCACCUGCUCCUGUGCGCCGACGCAACUUCUCCUGGCAACGCUGCUGCGGUCGGAGCGCCUGGUGCUCAUGGUACUCGCGGUACUUCCGCUUGGAAGGCUUGGCCUCGCAGAGGUUCGCGCCGUGCGGUUUCACCUCCUGGUGCAGCAGGCAAUGCCCUUCCCAACGUGACCGCCGCGCGGAAAUCAGUUGCCACCCCCGGCGUCGACCGCACCCCGAUCGGCACAAAUGUGUUGCACGCUCGUCUCGCCGCAAAGAGGAUUGUGACCAGCCCUUACAGGGCGACUCCUGGGCGAUCGGGGCUCGGUGUUUUUCAUCCGGCUUCUCGCGGUUCGUCCAAAGGCUAA